CAGUUUUGUAAUUCACAAUAUUGACAUGAAUGACACUCUUAUGAUUUUCUUUUGAAAAUAAAUUGACGGAUAAUGAACGGCGUAAUACGUAUAGUAACUUAAUAUAAUAAAUUUAGGAACCGCCCAUCAACUGAAUAAUGUCUGCAAGUAAAUUAGACGCCGUUUAUCGAAGUAUACUCUUAACGAAAUUUUUCACAAAAGGUUGGGGAAAACCUGAGAAUUUGAAGAGGUUAUUUGAGUUCAGAAAGGUUGUGUCAAAUCGCGAAGAAUGUUUUAAAUUAAUUGAUAGAAACUAUCCGGUGACAAUAACUAAGGAACAAAAUUUGACAGAUUGUCAUCUACUGGAAGGAUACUUUUUAUCACCUCUAGAGAAAUACUUGCCGGGUAUAGUUCCAGAAAUAGCGCAGAAAGCUCACUUCCAAAUCUUACUGCCAGUUCAUUGGCCCGACCCUCAAUGCAAACCUGUUUGCUUACACUUAGCUGGAACCGGAGAUCAUUUUUUUUGGCGACGGCGAAACUUAAUGGUAAAACCAUUGUUAAAAGAAGCAGGUAUUGGCGGGAUUAUCCUUGAGAAUCCUUUUUAUGGACUUCGAAAACCUACUGAUCAAGUUCGGUCAUCUUUACACAAUGUGUCGGACAUUUUCGUGAUGGGCGGCUGCUUGAUCCUGGAGUCGUUGGUGCUGUUCCACUGGUGCGAGCGCAACGGUCUCGGUCCCCUCGGUGUCACGGGACUCUCUAUGGGCGGACAUAUGGCGUCUUUAGCAGCUACAAAUUGGCCGAAACCACUAGUUCUAGUACCGUGCCUAUCAUGGUCAACCGCGUCUGCGGUCUUCCUUCAGGGUGUCAUGUCUCAUUCCAUAAACUGGGAUCUUUUAGAGGAUCAGUAUCUAUCAGACGGUGUUUACAGAGAAAAACUUUCGAAAAUGGUAACAAUAGUUGAUGAAGCCUUUCUAGCUGGGAAGAAAUUUGCUCAAACGUAUUCUCAAAAUAUGGACCACGGUAAUAGUAACACAGAUGCCAAAAAAAAUGCUAUAAUCGAUUCAUUAAACAGUGAUAUGUUAAAAAACGUCGAUAUCACGUACAAGGAAAUAAAGGGUGAUAAACGUGGUGAUGUAAAUAUAAGUAACAAUAAUAUUGUAAAACCGGAAGUGCCUGUAGACGAAUCAAAAUCGUCAGAUGUAAGCGAAGAAAAUUUGAAAGAUGAUUUGAAAAAGUUACUCGAAGAUAAUAAAAUAACUAAAGUACUGUAUGAUAAGCUCGCAUCUAAUAAGAACUUCGAACUGACACCAAAAGACAUCGAGGAUAUAAAUAAAUUAACCGAUGGAAGAAUUAAAUUGUUACUACUUAAAAGCAAAGAUCUUAAAACCAAUAGUGAUGAUACUGAAACACGUGAAGUCAACUCAAAUAAUAAUGAUAUCCAUGAAAAUAAAAAUCCAACGAAUGUUUGCGAAAAUCUAACAAAUAAUACCGAAGACAAAAAAAUGGAAAACAAAGAAAGUGAUCUAAUGUUAGCAACCAAUAAGAAAGACAAAAAGCCUUGGACAGUGUCAGAUCUUACAUCUGAUCUUUGGGUUAAUUUGCCAUUUUUCAAAUCGACCGGGAAAAAGAUAGACAUAAGCAAAAUCCAUUGGAGGGACAGAGAGGCGCUACAGUUCAUGCGGGGAAUAAUGGACGAAUGCACGCACUUAAGCAACUUCUCAGUACCUUACGACACUUCUUUAAUAAUAGCGGUGUGUGCGAAACAUGAUGCAUACGUGCCUCGCGACGACGUGGGCACACUGGAGGAGAUCUGGCCCGGAGCGGAAGUACGCUACGUGGACGCCGGGCACGUCUCCGCGUACAUAUUGCACCAGUCGCUCUUCAGAUCCUGUAUAGUGGAGGCAUUCGAGCGAUCUAAGAAAAAAUGGAAAGAUGGAGAACACUUUUGACGAAUACAAAAUAAAAUAGUUGCCAAUCAAAUAGUUUUAACAUUAGAACUUUAGAAUUGACAAAGUGAUGUUUCCUAAUGUCCUGUUGUAGCGGUUUAAAAAAUUCGGUAUAAAAAUGUUGUUAUAAUAUAAUUCAAUUCCUACAUCUCUUGGAUAGUAGAAUUGUUUUUGCUCAAUGUGGUUUUAAAUUGACACUUUAGGGGGUAAUUUUCAAAAGUGGUCAUAUCCAAACUUAGGAAUGAUACCAAUUUAAUUUCUUUCAAACCUGGUCUAAUAUAAUAUAAACUCCUAAUAAAUACUUUUGAAAUAACCAAACAAGCUUACUUUCAAAUGAUGUUGUAAGUGGAUUUUUGAAACAACUAUAUUAUCUUUAAAAAUUGCCCUGUGUGUUCUUUACUAUCGUAUUUAAUCAAAAUUGUGUGAUUCUAAUGUGUUCGAAAUUUAAUCAGUGUUAUAGACUGAAAAUUAAAUGUAAUAUACAUACUGAUUUAAAUGUUAGAUCAUAACUAUUAUAAAUGAAAUUAAUUAGCGCAUUACACUUGAUCAAUUACUUAUCGAAUAUAUAAUGAAAAAAAAUACACGCCCCUAAAUCAUGAACCUCGACACUUUUUUUCUUUUAGUUUUCCUUAUAAAUGUUUUAAUGUUUUAGUGUAGCUGUUAUACGAUAUACAUAUUUUAGUACAUUAGAUAUCUAGUCCUCAUUUUAACAUAAAAAAUAACACCAUUUUGGUUUUUUUUUUUUUGAAAAAGCUCAAAUCUAAAUAAGAAUAUUACGAGUCAAAACCAGAUUGUUCAAUCAUUUGUUUUCCACUAUUGUAGUACAAAGUGCGCGUAUUUGCUUUCGAGUGUGUUUAGUUUAGAUGGUUGUUUAUUGUGGAUUACUUAUUAAUAUUUAUUGUUAUCUAUUUGAAUAUUGUGAAGACGUCUCUAUUGAGAUUAAAAAAUGUUAACUAUAUUUUUAUAAAUAAAUUUAUUUCUCAAUU